GCGAUAAAGAGGCGUGACUGGGACCCGGCGUCAGUGGCGGUCGCCGCGGCAUCCAGAAUGGACGUGUACAACUCGCUCCCCGACGUAUUCACGUACCACUCGCUCAAGCACAGCGGAUACGAGUACACUUGGACGGCACAGCAGGAUCACAAAGGCAGCAAAGCAUCUGCAGGGACAAAUAAAAACAAGGCUUCUUGUUCUGGAGCAAAAGCAUCAAAGGAGCCAUGUCCUAUAUGUCAAGAAAAGCAACGCAGACCUCUGUCCACCUACAUUAGAAGUAAAUCUCGUCAAGAUCACAAAAAUGAUGCCUGUAUUGAGGAAGAGACUGAUAAUCCUGAACAACAUUCACAAAAAACAGCAGAAUUAAACAUUCAGGCACAGGAUCAGCACAAAGUCAAAUAAAAUCAUAGUUGAACUACCUCUGCAGGCGUUGUAAAUUUGUAUUUUAAUACUACUUGUACAGGCAGCAAAGCAUCUGCAGGGACAAAUAAAAACAAGGCUUCUUGUUCUGGAGCAAAAGCAUCAAAGGAGCCAUGUCCUAUAUGUCA